GACAAUUAGCAGCGGAUAAGCACAAAGCAAAAUAAAAGUUGACAUUCGCCCAUUGAAAAGAAAAACGCGUGAGGUUAAAAAAUUGAUUGCAGCGGCUGCAUUUCUCAACGCAAUUUUGGAUAUAUUUAAUUAAAAAAGAAUGAGUAACUUGACGAAAUCUGUGCUUCGUUUCGGUAGCAGUCUGAUUGCCGCUAACUCAUCCAACGCAUUGAAAAAUGUAUUUGGCAAGCGUGAUUUCACUCGCACGCUCUGGCACAUGUGCAAAAAUCCGGAAGCGUCGGGUUCAUCAGGUGCAACUGGUACUGUCCUGAGUGUGCACAAGCCCAGCUUGAGCUGCAGCUGUGGUUGCGGCGGCGCCAAGCACAUGCACACUAAAGGUGAACGGGAGCUUGUCGAAUUCCUUACCGAAGAAAUUUUGGCUGAACGUAAAUCACAAAAGGUUAAGACGAUUCCCACAACUUUGGAUGGCUUCACCGUGAAACUGGAUGGCGCUGAUGUAGAAUUAACCAAGAAGAGUGAUAACGAGAGCAUCGUCAUAAAUUUUAAUGUCAACCACACUGUAGACACUGAAGAUGAGCCUGAAUUGGAUCCCAAUGCUGAAAAGGCUGAAAUAGGUGAGAUGCGCAGCAAACCACGCUUUGAAGUGGAUAUUGUCAAGGGCUCUACCACACUGUCAUUCACAUGCUCGUUUUUGGAGGGAACACCGCAAGAGGGUGAAUACAAUGACAUUUUUGGUAUCGAUGAGAUGUGCAUUUACCAAGGCGAAUGGAACGAUAAAGUGUAUGCCGUAGCUGGCGAUGUGCUAGAUGGGUAUCUCUAUGACUUGCUGAUGAAUCUACUAGAAGAGAAAGGGGUCAGCAAUGAAUUUGUUGAAAAACUUUCGGACCUUGCCACGGCAUUCGAGCACACUUCGUAUAUAAGUCUAUUGGAAAGUCUGUCGAAAUUUACCUCCGGCAAGUAAAAUCUGAUGGCCACAGAAAUAUUGCUGCCUCCACGGGACUGGGUAGCGCGUUUUAUUCACGUCAUACAAACUUAAUGACAAAUAAAGUAAGGAUCAAUUGCAAGUAGAGAGAACCGAGGUAGAAACCAUAUUUCAUUUUCUGGAAGCUACAUGUUUUCGCGUUGUUAUGUAAGUUUUCUGCGUGUGACUGCCAAUUUUGCUGCGUGGUGUAAUACACAUUUUAAGUACGAUUAUCUAUUUAAGCAGUUGGUUUGUUUGCUUACAAAAAGUUUGUAAAGUCAGAUGUGUUUGCAUUUGACUUCCCAAUGGGUUAAUUUACAAUAAUAAAAUAACUUUUGUAAAAAAAGCGUUGAUUUAAUUACAUAAA